AUGGCGCAUUUUAUUGAGGAUAAUAGUACGACCAUGAAUUUUCUUGAGAAGAAGCGCAGCCUUUCCCCGGCUACAACGGAGGAAGUUCGUACAGUAAGCAUCUCGGAGUGCGAGGGAGCGGCUCAGUGUCUAGCUCAAGCUUUUGCUACAGACGAAGUAGCAAGAUACUUCCUUGAUACCGAUGACAUGACUUCUUAUUCUGAGGACUACAAAUGGAAACUUCAUUGUGACAUAAUCAAGUACAUGACCGCUGCUCAUUGUUACAAAGGCAUAGUGACUACUAUUGGUCCAAACUACGAUGCAGUCGCUCUAUGGAUGCCUCCUGGUCAAGACAUGGAUGAUUGGCUUACCUUUUUCCGCAGCGGUCUCUGGAAACUCUACUUCAAGCUCUCUGUGGAAGGCCGCAAACGUUUCUAUGAUGAAUUUCUGCCCCUACUCCACCAUACCAUCGACGACGUCAUGGGCGAGCGUAACAAGAAUUUCUACUACCUCGUUUAUCUCGGUAGCAAACCUAGCGCUCGAGGAAAAGGAUACGCGAAGAAAUUAAUACAACAUAUGACUGAUCGAGCAGACCGUGAAAACUGCCCAACGUAUUUAGAGUCUAGUGCGGAGAAAAAUUUGAGUUACUAUCGUAGGUUGGGGUUUGAGUGGAAGCAGGAUAUUGUGAUGGAAAGAGGGGUCAAGCCGGUUAAGAUGCAGAUUAUGGUCAGGGAACCGAAAUUUGUGGGGGAAACUGUCGAGGGAAAGGAGUGUGUCAAUGUUAAGAUGAUUGAGUAG